UCUCGUUGUUUCAGAUCCUGCAUUUUCUUCCACCCCUCCAAUGGCUUCCGCCACAUCUGCCGCAUCAACCUCCACCAGAGAGAUACAAGCAGAGCUUUCUGGUUUUAUCCGAGUCUACAAGGACGGCACAGUGGAACGCUUCUUCGGUUCUCCGAUUGUCCCACCCUCUGCCUCAGACCCCCAAACCGGAGUUUCAUCCAAAGACGUCGUCAUCUCCGACGACCCUUCAAUCUCCGUUCGCCUCUACCUCCCAAAACCCACCCAAUCUAGCAGCCGAAGAAAGCUUCCCAUCUUUGUCUACUUUCACGGCGGCGGAUUCUGCCUCGUAUCUGCCUUCUCCUUCCUGAACCAUCGCUACGUCAACCUCAUCGCCUCCGAAGCAAAUGUCAUCGCCGUCUCCGUUGAGUACAGGCUCGCGCCAGAGCAUCCUCUUCCCGCAGCCUUUGAAGAUUGCUGGGCUUCCCUCAAAUGGGUUUCCUCCCACUCAACUAAUAGCCCCACCAACGCCGGCGACCCGUGGCUCACCAAUCACGGCGAUUUCACAAGACUCUACAUCGGCGGAGACAGUGCCGGCGGAACCAUUGUACACAACAUGGCUCUCCGAUGUGGGGCCGAGAAUUUGCCAGGUGAUGUAAAGCUAUUAGGUGGAUUCCUCUCGUGCCCCUAUUUCUGGGGUUCAAAACCCAUCGGAUCUGAAGCUGAGCAAGGUCACGAACAGAGUUGGCCGGCGUUGUUGUGGAGGCUGGCAUACCCGUCUGCACCGGGAGGGAUGGAUGACCCUACGAUCAAUCCAACGGCUGAGGGGGCUCCUAGCUUGGGUAACCUUGAAUGCUCGAAGCUGCUUGUGUGUGUUUGUGAGGAAGAUGAACUUAGAGACAGAGGAGUUCUGUACUAUGAGGCUGUGAAGAGAAGUGGAUGGGAAGGUAAAAUGGAUUUUCUUGAGGUUGAAGGAGAAGGUCAUUGCUUUCACAUUUCGAAUAUUGACACUGAGAAUGCAAAGAAAAUCUUAAAUCGCCUGUUUUGUUUUCUUACUUAGGAAUGUUUGGAUAAAAACCAAACCAUGGUUUCAGA